AAGAACAUGUUUUUUUUAUUUCUUUUGAUCCAUUUGAAGGAUUUACGCGUGUGGAGGUGUCUUCGCUAUAGGCGGUGUGUAGAAAAUACAGUGGUUUAUCUCGUUUGUCACACUAUCAUUUAUCACGAGCUGUCAAUGCAGUUUCCUAGUAAAGGCAGUUCUGCGUAUUUUGCCGUGUCUUAAAAGCUGCCUUUGUUUUUAUUCCUCAUGCACGUGCGCAAUCGGCUACUCACACUGUAGAGGGACGUCUGUGAUGUUUUGAAGAUUAAAAAGAUGUGGAGACGUGUUAUUACGUUUACUUAAUUAUAUUAAAAGCUAGAACAGAAAACUAAUUAUAAGUGCUUAACCCUGACCUUUGGAUUAUUCAGUGAAGAUGUGCACUGCCAUUUAAUGAGUUUUUCCAAAUAAGCAAUUAUAAAUGAGCUACAGGGGUGAAUCACUGUCAUAUGCGUGCACCACCCUCCCGAGGUGACAGCAGACAGACUGUAAAUUAUAAAGGAUUUACGGGACAUGAACAAAUUUGAGAUCGGCUCAGCCAAAUAAAAUCCACGGACGCUGUGGAAGACUUCUCACAUGUUUUGGUUGAUUGUAAGAGUCAGUCGUCUCUGAGGGAUAAUUAUAGACAUUGACUGGAUGCAGAACGCGGUUCUCCAAUGACCUGUCACUCAUCCGACUCCACGGAAAGCAUCGAGAAUGAAAGGAGAUCGCAAUCCGAAACCCAAGUCGCCGACACCGAGCAGAGUCGCAUUGCCACUGCCAUGAGAGACCUUAAAAACACUGCAGGCUGGUAUUGGGGCAGCCUGACAGCCAAUGAAGCCAAGGAGAUCCUGCAGGACACGUCGGAGGGGACGUUUCUCGUCCGGGACAGCUCUCAGAGGGACUACCUCUUCACCAUCUCCGCCAUGACAUCUGCGGGACCGACCAACCUGCGGAUCGAAUACAAGGACGGCAAGUUCAAGCUGGACUCUGUGGUGCUGGUCAAACCCAAACUCAAGCAGUUCGACAGCGUGGUGCAUCUCGUGGAGCAUUACGUGCAGCUGUCCCGGACGUCUUGUAAAGGCAGGACUAACCAAAUCGCCCCGUCCAAUGGUACCGUGCAGCUGCUUCUCACGACUCCGGUGUACACGGCCACGCCGUCCCUGCAGCACCUGUGCCGUAUUGCCAUCAAUAAAACCACACGACGGGUACAAGAACUUCCUUUGCCCAACCGGCUGAAGGAUUACCUGACAGACUACACUUAUAAUGUAUAGAACCGAUGGACAACCGUGACCACAAGUGCUGAACUUCUAUUGAUCAUAGAUCCAAUGUAAAUGGGGUGCUGAAGUCUUGUUUAGGAUCAUUUGCCUGCGAUCCCUCUUCGUGUGCCCAAGGACUACUUUAAAGUACUUAAGAGUGAGCGGUCUGUCAUUAUUGUUUACCCUCAUGUCAUUCCAAACCUUCUUUCUUCUGGUAAACUAUAUGUCCACGAUAGUCAAUGGAAUCAAACACACAGCACUAGAUUGCUCUGACUUUCAUUGAAUUUGCUAAAUUUUUUCCAAUUUCUCAUGUUUGGGAUGUCAACAGGGCGAGUAAAUAAUGACAGAGGUUGUAUUUCUGGUGAACUAUCCCAUUAGUGCGCAGAACAUCCUAACUAAUGUUAAGUGUUCUUUAUUGAGCACUUAACAAGUUUAUGGCCUGUAGGUAUUCUGCAGUCAGUUUUAAACGAGUGAGUGAGCAGUAUAAGCUAGGCGCUGCCUACACUGAAACCUGUGGGUUAGGGAAAUCUGUAGGUUACAGCCACCAGAUAAACAAAGUGUGGCCAUGCAUCUCUUUUACAGGACGAGUUCACCCUCAAAUAGGAAAAAGUCAAUCCAAACUCAAUUUUCUUUCUUCUGUGGAGCACAAAAACUCUUCUGUGUUUUUUUCUUCAUUUAUUAAAAUUAAUGGAUGGAAAGGGACUGUCUUAGGAGCCGUUUACAUAUUUAUGCCCGAAAAGGUAGCAAUGUUCAUACAAGUUCUCCCUUUUUUUUCAAAUCACUCAAGAUCUUGAGCUCCUGUGGUGUCUGCCAUUGCAGUCCAAUCUCAUGAGGAAACAUAACAAUUUGACAAAUUGUCAGAUAUGAUUUCAUUAUUAUGAAAAGUAUAGAUUUUAAAAGGAGCAGUGCCUCCAGAUCCUACCACUAAACCCAACCAUCAUAUAUGGGGAUAUGCAAAUUGUAUUAAAAUGUACUAAUGGGAUCAUACAAAUUAGCCACUAAAUUGCGUUGCCCAUUGGCAACCAUAAGCUGCACUCUCCAUUAACAUCAGUGAUAAGUUUAAUGAUUGUAGGAUAAUGCCAUGCAGUAUUACUAUCCACUUAAUACUGUGCACUUGUUAUCUAUUCAUGCCAGGCUGAAACCAGAAAAAAUGUAUGCGCUUUGAUUAUUCAUUAUUGCACACUUUGGGGGCCUGAAAAUGCAAACUUGGGAAAAUAGGUUUAAGUGCAAAAGUAACAACAGUUGGGUUUCCAUCACCCUGUAUUAAUGUGCAGUUUGAUGGACCAUGUGUGAAAUCAGUCUUAGAAAUACCAAAUUUUAAAUAAAAAUCAGCCAAA